AGCUAGCAACAGCAGCUUGGUGCAAUCAGCUGCUCUCUCCUCCACCAUGGACUAUUCUAACAACGAUGAAGGGUAUCCCGGCGGCUCCAGCCCGUGGGCAUCGUCACCGCAACACAAUCGCACGUCGUUCGGACAGCCGCCCACCAGCGACCUCCCCUCAUCUCCGCUGCCUCCGCCGGCGUCACCGUACGGCCAGGACUCUGAGCAAUAUGGAUACAUGGGCGACAACACGCAACAAAACCGUUCGGGUAUUGCUUCGACAGAGAAUGGUGAAUCGUACCCAGCGCCCCAGCAGCAACAGCCCAGCCAGGAUGCGCCGCAGCUGCCUCAGCACCCAAAUUCCCAACAACAAGCUCCUCAACCUGGCCAACAACCCCAACGAUACCAUGGAACACGUCCUCAGCGCCAACAGCAGCACUACAAGUUCCAAGCGAAGGUCACGGGACUCGAACGCAAUGGCAAGAAGGACCCCAUAAUACGAUUCGAUGUAUACACCAAUUUGCCUAAGUUCAGGACCACCCAGUUCCGCGACGUCCGCCGAGUACACAGCGAGUUCGUAAAAUUUGGCGAACACCUGAUCUCCGCCUGCCCGGAAGCUAUCGUGCCUGCAGUACCCCCAGCUACAACAUCAGCAGGUGCUGGCACUGAGGAGGACGAGGCGCGCUUGAAGGCGGCGAUACAGAGGUGGCUGAACGUUGUCUGCAGUAAUGACAUCCUGAUCCGCGACGAGGAGAUGGUCUUCUUCGUCGAGAGCGACUUUGGAUACAGCCCAGUUGUGCGGAGGAAGCAGCCUGCCACUGGUGUUCGACGUAAGGUCAUUAAGCAGUUUGCGCCGCCCCCAGACGACACGCCGGAGCUCGCUGCCGCUCGGCCGAUUGUGAAGGCUUUCUAUCUGGGUACAAUGGAAGCGGAGCAAAAGGUCGAGAAGGUCGUCAAGCACAGGAGGAAUCUUGGUGUCGCCGAGUCCGAUCUAGGCGCCAAAUUCGCCGCAAUGCACGCCCAAGAGACACAUGUAGGACUCGCUCACGCGUACAAGAAACUGGGCAAGGUCAUUCAGGCUACCGGCGACUUCCACGCCGCGCAGGGCACAGCGGAAGCAACCACCCUCGGCGACCCUCUCCAGUAUCACAGCAGUGACGCUUUCAUUGCCAAAGAGACCCUUACGAACCGUCAUAUUUUACUUCGCGAACUCCUCCAGGCGCAAGCAGCCACGAAAUCGAAGCUGUCAGCCGCCGACAGACUGAAGGCCAGUUCCAGCGUAAAGCGCGACAAAGUCGACGAGGCGAUCGCCCAACUUGACGAAGCGCGUAGCCACGAGCAAUACUUGACAUCAAAAGCGCAGCGUGUCACCGCGAACCUUCUGCAAGAGCAGAGGAAGUGGUUCGGUCGCACUGCAGCAGACAUGCGCCAGGCGAUCCGCGAAUACGUCAUCCGCGAGAUCGAAGCCGAACGCCGCACACUCGCAACUCUCGAAUCCGUCCGCCCUGACAUUCGCGCAAUCGACGGCAGCGGGGGUCUCUCACGAUUAGGCCGCGAAGCACAUCCCGCUCAACGACGCGCAUCACUUGCAAACUCACAAGGACCGAAGGGUGACGCGUGGUCCGGUGUACCCAGGCGACCAGGCGAUGGACUGAACAGGAGCGUCAGUGGCAGCAUCCCCGCAGCGCUUCCUGAGGGCGACGAAGAGGAGGAGGAGGAAUCAGGGCUUGCACGGAAGCGCGCGACGAGCAAAGCAGGAAGUACCAAGGCAGGUGAAGAGGAUGACGAUCGUAUCGAUGCGAAGAACGCAGCGAGCAGACUGGCGACCACGACUUUUUAGCAGCAAAUCCGUGAUAGGCAGGGCUGAGAAGAUGUUUUUGUAGGAUGAGAGGGAUAUUGGCAGCAGUAUACCAAUUGAGAGUCAUGUCGAACUACACCAAAGGAUUGUUCUGCAACAGUUGCCAUCUUGAUGUGCCGGUAGAGGUUGCAUCGCCUGGGGGCUGUACAGGGCCUAGUCACAGGUGCCCCACACGACUUUAAAAAGUUUUGAAUUCGUAUCGCUCACAAAGCAGAAGAGUGAGAAGGAACACAAUGAAG